GCCCUUCUCCAGGUUCUUUCUCUUCCACCCUGAUUUUUGCUACUGGAUGCAGAACCCUGUCCUCUGCCUGUGUGAUGGCAUGCUCACGGACCUGCUCUCGCAUCCUGGGGCUGAGCCUUGGGACUACUGCCCUGUUUGCUGCUGGGGCCAACAUGGCACUCCUCUUCCCUAACUGGGAUGUCACCUACUUGUUGAGGGGCCUUGUUGGCACACAUGCCAUGUUAGGCUCUGGGCUCUGGGGAGGAGGCCUCAUGGUACUCACUGCGGCUAUCCUCAUCUCCUUGAUGGGCUGGAGAUGUGGCUGCUUCAGUAAGAGCAGGCCCUGCAGAAGUAUGUUGACUUCUCUGUUGUCAAGUGGCCUGGCUUUGCUUGGAGCCUUGAUUUGCUUUAUCACUUCUGGCGUAGCCCUGAAAGAUGGUCCUUUUUGCAUGUUUGAUGUCUCGUCCUUCAACCAGACACAAGCUUGGAAGUACGGUUACCCAUUCAAAGACCUGCAUAACAGGAAUUAUUUGCAUGACCGUUCGCUCUGGAACUCCGUCUGCCUGGAGCCCUCUAAAGCUGUUGUUUGGCACGUGUCCUUCUUCUCCGUCCUUCUCUGCAUCAGCCUCCUUCAAAUUCUCCUGGUGGUCAUUCAUUUUAUCAACAGCUUCCUGGGCCUCUUCUGCAGCCUCUGUGAAGAGUGAUGGGGAAUGCCAUUUCAUGCAUGGGUUUUCAUCAU